UGUUUAUUUAAUUUAAAUUGUUUACAGUUGAUGAACAAUUCAGAACACGAUUUUUUUAAAUAUAUUAAACUUAUCCCUAUAUAUUUAUUAUAAUUAUUAGGGGUUGCGUAUAGUAUGGUAAAAAUUAUUUAACCACACAGCUAGUCUAAUGUAUUGCUCUGCCCGUCAAAUGAAUCAGCUGAUUUCGGUUUGUUUAUGUUGCAAAUCGCUUUUGUGCAACAUAUGACCGCUUUUUUUUAUUAAAUACUAUUACAUAAUAUUUAAUAUACACUUUUAAAGUUGCAUAACUAAGAUUAACCUCAGAAGAAGCUGUUCCUCUGUGUAUCCUAUAAACAUGUCCAAAUAUAGAGCAGUCAGUCAUGUUAUUUUUGAUAUGGAUGGAAUUCUAUUAGACACAGAACCACUUUACACAAAAGCAAUUCAAAAUGUAGUAGGCCGAUAUGGUAAAACAUUUACCUGGGAGCAUAAGUCCCAAAUGAUGGGUCUCCAAACGGCUGAAUCCUCAAAAUUUAUAGUUAAAGCCCUAGACUUACCGAUUACCUGGGAAGAGUACAACUCUAUUAUCCUGGAAGAGUACAAAAUUACCCUGGCUAAUCCGGAAAUAAUACCUGCUAGUAGGUUCGGGAAAAAUUAUACUAGUGAUAUUGUGGCAAAGGUAACCGGUACCGUGGAACGUGAAUCUGCUCGCAUCGCUGUUACGGAAAUGAAACUUCCCAUGCCCGUGGAAGAGUUUCAAAACGAGUUUCAUAAACUUUCUUAUGAUUUUUUUAGAAAAUAUGGGGUCACAGUUUUUCCAGGGGCAAAAAGGUUAGUGCACCACCUUUCUAAACAUAACAUUCCAAUCUCGGUGGCAACAUCCUCAUCGCAAGACAGUUUUGAACUAAAGUCCGCGAAACAUAAAGAUUUUUUCAAAUUGUUCGAUCACAUAGUGUGUGGCGGAAGCGAUCCGGAAGUAAAACAAGGAAAACCUGCUCCCGAUAUAUUCCUGGUAUCCGCAUCGAGGUUUCCUGAUAAACCGAACCCCGAAAAAUGUUUGGUGUUCGAGGACGCCCCUAACGGGGUACAAGCGGCGGUAAAUGCAGGCAUGCAAGUGGUGAUGUGUCCGGAUGAAAAUGUGCCAUCGGAACUUAGGAAAAAUGCCACUAUGGUGGUGAAUUCUUUGGAUGAUACUCCUGUAGAAGCUUUUGGAUUGCCUGAGUUAAUAAAAUAAUGUUCGUUUUUUUAUUAGAGGUCCUUAAUGUAA